CUUCAUUCUAUCACUUGUUAGUUACACAUCCUCCUCUAACUAGCAUAAAUUAAGACUGUUUUUACAUAGUGGUUUUAAAAUGAUUACUAUGCUUCAAGGGGUAUUCAUCACUUCAAUAAUCAGUGCUUUAGCAGUUCAAGACUGUACCUGUGUGAAAAUUAUUGGAGGUCAGGAUGCUAAACCUGGUACAGGAUCUUACAUGGCACUCAUAAAAGAUACAGCGGAAAACUUUUGUGGUGGAAUUUUAAUCGAUAAGCUCUGGGUCCUGACUUCAGCAAAUUGUGUUGUGAAACAACUUAGUGUGUCCAUUGGAACACACUCCUUUAAGGAUAGAAAGGAAGCACAGACGUUUGAGGUGGUUGAGGCUAAAGUACAUAAUAAAUACAACAUUAAAACAGAAUGGAAUAACUUGGCUCUCCUCAAGCUGAAUACAACUGCAAAACUGAAUAAGUUAGUAAAGACCCUGUCAUUGCCAAAAUCAGCAAAAGAUAUCAAACCUGGAACAAAAUGCAAGGUUCUAGGAUGGGGACAAACCACUCCAAAGGAUGAAGAUCCCUCAGACAUUCUGCAAGAAACAACUGUAACUAUCAUAGACCGGAAAAUCUGCAACAGUGAAGGGUAUUACAAUAAAAAUCCUGUCGUAAAUGAUGAUAUGCUCUGUGCUGGUGAUGAAUCUGGGAAGCAAGCUAAAAUGUGCAGGGGAGACAUUGGUGGACCAUUAAUAUGUAAAAGUUCAUCUCUGAAAAGCAAGUCAUUAACUGGCAUUGCUAUCUUUGCAAAGGGAUGUGAUGUCAAGAAAAAGCCCGGCAUUUAUACACGUUUAUCUAACAAAUACAUCCAGUGGAUAAAGAAAACAAUCAAAUCCAAAACCAAGAACAUUUCAAUUGAGCAAAAAUGAUAAGAAACCACAGUCUACUAGGUUGAAACAGUAAUUAUUUGUUCUUUUAAGGAAUAAUUUUUGAAAGCUUAACCUAAAUGAUUAGCUAGUGACUACACAUUAAAUUUGUAUAAGCUGUACAUGUGUAAAUUCAGUUACUCAGCAGCCAACAAUGUUCAGGCUCCAUUUGACUAACUAUGCUCCCAGUUUGUUGAAUGGGAAAGCUCAUUAGCAUCAAAUUUGACAGAAUAGCAUACUAAAGGAUUUUGUCACUAAUUAAAAUUACAAAAUUAUGAAGGAUAUACAUAGUUUAGAUGGUCAGGGUCUUUUUCCCAGGACGGGGGGUCUCAAUCCAAUUGGCAAAUGUUAAGGUGAGGGGGACAAGUUUAAAGGAGAUCUGAAGGGUAAGUUGUUUCACGCAGAGAGUGAUGAAUAUUUGGAAUGAACUGCCAGACAAAGUGGUAAGGGCAGAUACCACAUAACGGCAAUAUUUAUUAGGCAUUUGGACAGGCACUUGAGAAGGAAAGGCACAAGAGGCACACAGGGCUAAUGCAGGCAAUUGGAUUCACGUAGGUAGGCAUCAUGGUCGGCUUGGACAAGGUGGGCUGAAAAGGCCCAUUUCUGUGUCAUACAAUUCUAUGAUUACUGGACAAAUAUAUAUUGGGGAAUUAGGGGAAUAAAGGGAUAGGCAGUGCAAGAAAGAGCUGUUGAGGUAGAUCAGUCACAAUUUUAUUGAAAAGCAGAACAGUCACAAGGGGCAGAAUUGCUUACUCCUGCUUCUAUACUUUUUGCUGUUUUCACACACAAAGUCUCUCCAUUAAUGAGGAAAAAGUUGACUGGUGAGAGCCUGAAAACUGAUUGCCAAGUGACUGAAUUUAUAAGCCUACACUUAUUGCAAAUUUAAGAUGUUUAACAUGGAAUUGCAUAACAUGAUAGCAUUUGCAAUAUACUUCUGCAUCUUGAUACAGUUUAAGACUACUUUUAACCUCUGCAAUUCAGCUUGUACACAAAGACAAAUCUCGCUAAUGUUCUAUUGUUGUCGCCUUCACAACUUUAUACUGCAACUGAAUUUACCAAAAAUAAAGAGCUGUUGAAUCCAUUGAUUGA